AUGUGUCGACACAAAAAUCCCCAUGCACCAUUGACAGUUCUAUCAGUGCUGAGCAAAGGAUUAGCGAAAAUUGUGGCUCAUGAAGACAAGCAAGUGCGACAGGACGCCUGCUGGGCUAUUUCCUAUCUCACUGAUGGACCCGACGAGCAAAUCGCUUUGGCAAAGACAAGUGGUUAG